GAGAAAGCCUACAAGUCUUUAAGCCUUCAGAGCCCGGGUUAUGGGGAGUUUGGAUGGAGAACAUGAUCUGUCUGAUGGUAUGAACGGCCUCAUGUGCAGCAGUCAUGCUCUGUGAGGACUCAUCACCUGGACUCAGUGCUGGUCCGGAUUCUGUGGUUCUGGUGAAACCGAAUGCUGAGACCUCCACGGAUCCUGUACAGGAGGUCAUUCACAGCAGCACUUAUGUUUCCUCUGUGAUCCCUGCGCACGGCGGCAUCAGUCUGAACGCUGAGGAGCCGUUCUGUCGAAUCUGUCAUGAAGGCAGCAGCGCGGGUGAUCUGUUAUCUCCCUGCGAGUGUGCCGGCUCUCUGGCGAUGGUGCACCGUGUUUGUCUGGAGCGCUGGCUCACGGCCUCCGGCACCAGCCACUGUGAGCUCUGCCACUUUGAGUUCGCUCUGGAGAGACUUCCCAAACCACUCACCGAGUGGUUCAGCACACCCUCCAUGCAGCAGCAGAGACGGACGCUGUGCGGGGACGCCAUCUGUUUCCUGUUCAUCACACCCUUAGCGAGUCUGUCAGGCUGGCUGUGUGUGCAGGGAGCCAUGGAUCUGUACUACAGCAACGGCAUGGAGGCCGUGGGACUCAUUGUUCUCACACUCACACUCUUCACUAUUUACCUCUUCUGGACUGUUGUAUCCCUACGUUACCACAUUCACCUCUUCAGGACGUGGAAUGAGACGAAUCCCAGUGUCCGGCUACAGAUUCCCCGUCCUGUGAAGACACAUCAGAGAGCAAAACAUCUGACAAUGCACUUCUUGUGCAAAUACAAGAGUAAGGAGACCAUGGUGUAGUGCCUGAAACAUCAUCAGGAAGAAAACAGAAAACUCAUGACGUCCUGACUUUGUGUGAAGCCCUGAUUUCGAGUCACACUCAGAUCUGGAAUGAUAUUCUGAUCUGGGACUCACGCUGAACUGAAGAGAUGUCCUAAUUUGGAGUGAAACCCCAAUUUUGAGAGAUUUGGAGUUACACUCUGAUUUGGAGCGGAUGGUUUCAUCUGAACUUCUGUUUUAAAUAAUGGAAGAAAAGAACACGUCUUCUUAAAUAAACCAGAGAACAAUGUUUUUGAUAUGAUAACAAUUGAGCUAUUUAUACCUGCAGGUUUUACCUUACAAAACUUGCUUCAUAAUUAUUCAACAGAGUAUAAGUCUAGAAGAACAUACAGUGGCUGUGGCUA